AUGAGUCCCAUUAACAGUCUCUGGUUCAAGUGGAAGAGCCUGAAAUUGCCGUGGCGCACUUCCUUUCUCGUGGGCCAUGAUCUGAAGGGAAACACCUAUUGGGAAUUUAAAGAUGCCCUGAAUGCGAAUCGGUAUCGUCGCAUCGUCAAAUGUGACCCUAAAACCCACCUCUCCGAUGUCCAAGUCAGCCCACAAUGGCACCAAUGGCUUCGAUACGUACGAGCGGACCCUCCGUCGAUCGCAGAACAGCAACAGGAUAUCAUCCGACAGAUCCAACUUAAGGAGUUGGCUCGUCUCGCUGACGAACGAUGGGCGAGCAAGGCAUCUUAUCUCGAUAAGCCGAAGACUCAGCAACCCGUCCCUGCUACUCAGACCAGCGACGCUACAUUGAACCCUCCGAGGGAAGAGGCGCAGGCAACGAAGGCUACCCCUACUGGUCCUCGGAACGAGAAGGAGAAACCAGCUGCAAAACAGGACCCUUGGGCAAAGGCCGCCAGUGGACCUGGUGAGAAGUGGCAGCCGGAUUCUUGGAAUCCGACCUCUUCCCAGAGAUGAGCUGGUUUAUUGCUUUGAUAAAGUUCGACCUCAAUCGCCAAAACGUCGAUUGCUACCCCAAGUUGCGUACAUGAUGCGAAUCAGGCUACUAGACUAGCCGUUUAUCCUCCAAAGCUGCUGAAAUCCUGGAUGACCGUCUAGAUGUUUGCAGGAUUUACCCUCUCCACUCACUCUACAUUUUACUUCGGGGGUCAUGAAAAUUGAUCAGCGUUCCUCAGCAGAUCGGGGAGUUGGCGCGCCAUGCCGUUGUGUAAGAAGAGGCGCAUUAGGCAUCAGUCUUGCAUAGAGGGGUUUCUGAUGCAGGAACAUGCGAACACACUGGUGGGAGCUUUGACG